CCCCAAAAAAAAAGACACGCAUAGAGACAGCUAUCAAUCUUUUAGGGCGCGGCACGUAAUAGAUUACAUGUGAAGGUCGUGUUCGUAAAGUGUUUUUAGUUUAUUUUGGAAUUUCGGAUACUCUCUGCGAAACCCCGUCUCAAAAGCCCUAAACAGGGGACGGCGGAGAGGUGGAGUGCUCCAGAGACCACCAUGGCUCGAUCGCGACGGAAGUACAAGAACUCCAGGCCCAAGGUCCGCGUCGGGCUCCCCAAGAAGAAGCCCGGCGUCUUCAAGCCCGCCGUUGACAUCCCUCCGGCUCUCGCCGCCGCCGCCGCCACCGCCGGGGAAAAGAGGGAGUGGGACAACAAGGGCAGUGUCAUCCGCAAUUACCGUUCUUUUGGCGUCGUUGCGAACCCUAACGUCCUCGGCGUCCGCGCCCGCACCGCUCACAUCGUCCAGAGCUCCUCCCUUCAGGUCCCGGACCGUGAGGCGCCGCCCGUAUCCGAGUUCGAUCCCAUUGAUAGCGGCAGCGAUCUCGAAUCUGACGAUUUGAAGUCUGCACUGAGGAAAAAGCGAAGGGAUGGAAAAACAGCGCCUUUGCAGCCCCUGACCACAAUGCAACGUGUUUAUAUUGGCAGGUUGAUUGAGAAGUAUGGUGAUGACUACCAGGCAAUGUUCAUGGAUACAAAGCUGAAUUCAAUGCAACAUUCAGUGGCCACCCUGAAGAAGCUAUGCCAACGAUAUUAUGUGCAAGGAAAGCAUUUUGUCACAUCCUAGUGCCUCUCGGCAAAGCAGAUUGUAAGAGAUGCUUUUGAGGGCCUUGUUUUUCUUUUGGUACGAGGAACCUCAUGGCUGUUGUAUGAGCGUGGUGCACUUGUUUUGCAAAACGACCUCGAUAAGAACGUAAUUAGCGGAUUUUUAUUGAAUGACUACUCGAGAAUUUGUUACCAAA